CGUGACCGGGUUCGGAAUGUUUACAAAGUUUUUCCACUUUACGUUAUGGGUCAUAAGUACAAAAAUAAAUCACGUACUAGAUAUAUAUAGAUUGGGGUGUAAAUAAACCUUACAUAUUUGUGAAAUAAUUGGAUACUGCAACGUACGUACAUCUAAGUAUUUAAGGAGAGUUUACGGCUGGAGUAACAUAACUUCAAUUACACGAUGGAAGCGCCAGAAAGCAAACGAAGAUUGUCGUCUUCAGGGGAAGAUGCGAGACGUGAAUUUAUAACAAAACGUUUGAAAUCGGUGGAUGAACUCAGUAGCAGUUGGCGUUAUAUGGACAGUAUUGAAUCGGUCAGUCGGUCAACGUCUGUCGACAUGCAGUCUUUCAGUCGAUCUACAUCUUUAGAUCUGCAGUCGUUUAGUCGAUCUGCAUCGAUUGAAAGCUCGAAAAGUGAUGCGCUCGUGUUAGAUAUGGUUGCAGAGACACAAACAUCUGUUGAACCAGUGGAAAACGACAACAAUGAAACCAGCGGAUAUUAUAACUUUCCGGAAACUGUUGAAAUGGCGUCACAGCCUACAGACCCGGAUAUGUUUGACGAAAGCUUGUGUUACCUGGAAGAGAACGAGGACCAGAACUCAUCCAGAUGUAAAUUGUUGAAACAAAUUUCUAGUACGAUUCUUAGUGUAGAUGAAGAACCACCCGGAGAAUUUCGUCAGGAAACUAACGUAUGUGACGUCCUUGCCUACGUGCAAAGUGUUUCUCCGGAUGACAAGACUGGCAUUGCUGAAUAUCUAUCUUCCGGUAGUCUCGCGCAUGCCCAGUUAACAAUGGGAAAUAUUCAUCAUUUCUAUCACGUGGCGUCAUUACUGCAUCUGAAACAACUUCGAGAACACUGUAUAAAAUAUUGCCGUUUGGGUAAUCAGACAGACAUUAUAGCUUGUUUUGAAGGUUGCGAGUGUCAAAAUGAAAUCAAAAGUGAAUCUGCGACAGGGUACAAGCGGUCACAAAGUGUAGUGUCAAACCCCGAUGAUUCGGAUCCUCCCCAGUAUUAUAUAGUGUUUACAGAUACGGUCGUUAGUGGGAACAAAGACAAACGUAAAGUUAAGGUGAUGGUGAUAGACACUUCCCAAAAACGGAACGUCUAUUAUCAUGAGGUGGACAAACUGCGAAAUUUUGGGGAAGGGUUCGCGUGUUGUAGCUUUGAAAUUAAAGGGACGCCGUUCAUCAUGGUAAGCGGGGGAGAGGGAAAGAAUGCUCAUUUAGUGAUGAAAUAUGACAUCAUUCUAGGACGGUGGGACAAGUGUGCCAAACUUCUACACGGCAGGUCGCACCAUAUGAUGGUCACUGCGGGACCUAAUUCAAUAUACGCCCUCGGAGGGUCGGAGUUGUCUUGCAUAGAAGAAUAUUGUUUAAAAACAAACAAGUGGACUGAACGGGCGUCCUUGGUUUCACAGGUUACAUCAGCGGUCUGUAAGGUGUAUCAAAAUAAGAUCUAUAUUUUUGGCGGCCGAACUCCUGCUGGUCCCAUAGCAACGACACAAUGCUACGACAUCGACAGUCACGUGAUCGAGCGCCUGGCUGAUUUACCAGUUGCGUUCGAUGGCGGUCAAGCAGUAAUCUUAAAUGAUCGAAUUUACAUUGCAACGGACCAAGGACAUAUGAUUCGAUUCAACCCAAACACAGGUUAUUCUCGACUUUGUACACAACAACCGAUUCACAGAAAGCAAUUCGGAAUGUUUGUUAAACAAGACAGGAUCUAUGUGGUGGGUGGGGUAUUGUGUGCCGAUUCAAAAACAGCACGGAUUCCACAAUAUCGAUACAACGCAGAGAAGGACGUGUGGUUGGAAAAAAAUAAACUGUGUUAUAGUUUUUCAGUUUUAGCAAGUUGUAUAAUCAACUUUGAAAAGAAAUGCUGUGUUAUCCCUUUCAAUGAAAAGUUCUGACUCGACAAAAUCAGUACCAUACUUCAUUGGAGGAAGCGGACUCGAGUAUGACUAAGUGUGAACUAGUCCGUAGUCAAGUCAGAAACUUUAAAUGGAAAUUGUUCAGUACGAAAAUGUUUUAUUCGUAUUGCUUAAUCUGACCCCUUUGCAAAUAUUAUAAUAUUUUAUAUACUUUUAUUUCAUGAAAAUGUAGCUAUAAUUUGUGGUAUUUAAAUUUCGACAUUGUAGUAACAGGAAUAAUUAUAAGUGACUUGUUGACAUUUUGGGCUAUAUCUUACCCUAUAUAAAUUAAGAUAACCAAAGUAUGAAUACAGUAGCUAUAAAGUGUGAUCGAGCCUAGGUCAAGCUAAAUUUUAACAGAUAUCAUUGUAUUAAUUUAUUAUAUAAACUGAGAUUUAAAACCAUGUGAUUCUAAAAUAUUACCCGAGUUAUUUUUCUUUACAUAUGUACCCUUAGUUUUUUUUUUACUUUAAGUUGCCUGAUUAUAUCUGUGUAAUCAUCGUGUACUUAUCUGUUUUAUAGAUUAUUAUGAACAUGACGACACAAUCUGUAAAGUAUGUGUUCUCAAAAUAUUUUUUAUUGACAUUGAUUCUAAAAAUGGUCUUUUACACAGUAUUUAUAAAUAUCAUUCAUGCUUCUAGCUAAUGUACAGGCUAUAUUCAGUCAUUUUUUCGUUGAUUGUGUAAACUUAAUAUAUACUUUGUUCAUGUCUUAAGUUGUGCAAGGUUCGAGCUAUGCACAGACAUGUAAUACAAAUGUUUCUUAAAAGAAUAUCAUGUUUUGGAAAUCUUAAGCUCAAAUUCUGUUGUUUUGUUUUUCAAUUUUAAUGUGAUGAUAUAACUCUGAGUGUCAGUAUUUCCCUUAGUACAUGCAUCCAGUAAAACUUUCUGAAAUAUUUCAAAGGGUUGUAUAGAUUUUACUUUAUUAAAUAUGUGUAUAAACCUUUACAUUUUUGAAACUAUUAAACAAAUAAAACGACGCUUAUGUAGUGAUAUCGAUUAAGAUUAUAAACGAAUAUAGGUCACCAAAGUGAAUAACAUGUACAUGUAUUACCUAUAAAUAACAUUUGAACGAUGUUUACAGAUAGAGGUGUCCCCAUUACCCUAAAAAUUUGCUUCUUUUUAUUCAGUAUUCUCAGUUUGAGGAAACGGUGUCACAGAAUUUUUAUAUCUGUCUGCCAAUUAGUUUUUGUCCUUAAAUGUUUAGUAAAAGUGGGUAAUAUCCUGUAAUAGCCACGUUAAAAGAUCAUAAAAUUGAGACAAAUCAUUGUUUCAAAAUCUGUAACACAGUUCCCUGAUGGAAACGGGAAAUAUUUGUGUUGUUACUGAUUUUGUGAUAAAUGUAUUUGAGUUUAGGUUCACGCGAUGUGUAACAUUUAUCACCUGGGCUUUUAAUAUAUGAGCCGUGCCAUGAGAAAACCAACA